GUGAACGAAUUUGAAAAGUACAUUCAAUUCAUUCACAAGGUUGACUACUAUGUAAGAAACUUGAACUUUACGGUUUCGCCAUCCAAUCUUAAAUACAUUGAAACCUUUGCAUCCACAACCGAUACUGAUAUCGAAGCCAAAUAUGUCAACUUCAAAAAUCAGCUUCUCAAAUUCGAUUCCAAGCUUAUCACCAAUGAACUUGAAUUCUCCUUGAUCUUGGAGGAACUCACUGGCGAAAGCUUGAACAAGGCCUACAUCAAGAGCUUCAUCAAGCUUGUUCCCAUCAAGCUCUUGAAUCUUAGCUUUAAUGACAGUGACUUUAGCCUCGUGCUAGAGUCAGACGACGACGACAGUGAAAUUGACAAUUCCAAACUAAUCUUCGAAACCCAGAGGCGCCGGGUCGGCAGUCAGUUGGGAAAUGAUAAGGUCUACGAUUUAGCCGAUUUCUUCAACAAGUUUGAAGACGGGUUGAAAUUUUAACGUAUAUGUUACAUUAGUUGCAAAUAUUUAUUGAAUGAGUACACGAUUUACACUUUUGAGAAACAUCUCUCGCAUUUAUCUCAUCACCUGCUGUUAGUCUUUCAAAACAUGGAUACAGAAGAACCGUUGACUUCCAAUGUCCGUCCAGCUACAGAUGCCGUGUUGACCAUCAGGAUCAUCAAGUCUUUUCCUUAUAGAAAUGUGAGAAACCAUAUCAUCCACUCCAUCAACUUGAAGGAAACCACUCCACAACAAUUGUAUGAGCAGAUGAAACAAAUUAUCAACACCACCGGGGGAUUGAGGCCCUAUAGAAACAUGGAGUAUGAUACUUUGAAGUUGUAUACAAAGGCCCAUGGCACCAAGUCGAUGAACUUGGUGAUAAAUUUCGAAAACGACAAAGAAUUUACUAUUCUUUCACCUGAUGUGAAUCCUUCCCAAACUUUGUAUGAUCUAGGCGUGGAAAAUGAAACCGAGAUUAGCUUGUUCAAGUUGAGUGACUACUUGGCGUACAAGGAGAACCCCGAAGAAAAAUGGUAAAUAUUACUAUAGCUCAAUAUUGACGAAUGUACCUACACACUUCU